AUGUUUUCUAAAGGUGAACCUUGCGAUGAACAUGGGAACACGUUGCCUGAGGGGACUCCACCACCUCCCCGCACCACUGCUGACCCAGAGGACUGGUCACCGUACGAGGAUGACAUUCAAUUCAAAACGGCCGACUUUCUUUUUCGAAUCGACGAGAUGUCCCAGACGAACAUCAACUAUCUGCUUGAGCUUUGGGCAUGGCAAUCGAUGAAGCACGGGCAUACUGGUCCUUUUUCAAGCUACAAAGAAAUUUACGACAUGAUUGAUGCAUCGUCUGAGGGAGACGCGCCGUGGAAAUGCAUGAAAACCACAGUCCCACACGACCUCCCUUCUACGGCGCCCAGUUGGAAGAAGAAGGAGUAUGAAAUAUGGUUCCGGGAUCCCGACGUCGUCCUCAGCAACAUGCUCGCCAACCCCGACUUUGAUGGGGAAUUCGACACAACACCAUAUGUGGAAGUCAACGCAAACGGCAAACGGAGAUGGAGUGACUUCAUGUCAGCUAAUUUCGCUUGGCGACAAUGUGGAGCCAUGUACGUCGCUGGCAUCCUUGGCAGUGACAAGACUACAGUCUCGGUCGCAACGGGAGAUGUGGAAUACCACCCAUUCUAUCUCUCUCCUGGCAACCUACACAACGUCGCUCGUCGUGGGCAUCGACAGGGCGUGAUUCCUAUCGGUUUUUUUGCCAUUCCAAAGAGUGAUCGCAAGUACGACAGUGAUCCCGAAUUCCGCAAGUUCAAGCGUCAACUAUUUCACGCAUCAAUUUCAGCAAUCCUUUCGCCACUCAAGGCGGCGAUGAAGAAGCCUGUUGUUCGCCGCUGCCCUGAUGGGCAUUUUCGUCGAGUUAUCUACGAUCUUGGUCCCUUCAUCGCCGACUACCCCGAACAGGUUAUGCUUACAGGGAUUGUUCAAGGCUGGUGUCCCAGAUGCACGUCACUAUGUAAUAAGCUUGACCCACCAAGUGGUCCACGGCGACAUGACCUUACGGAAACCUUGCUGGAGCAAUUCAGCGGAACGCAACUGUGGGAUGAAUUUGGGAUUGAUGAAGACAUUGUGCCCUUUACAUGCGACUUCCCCCGCGCUGACAUCCAUGAACUAAUCUCAUCGGAUCUCCUACACCAAGUCAUCAAAGGAACGUUCAAGGACCACUUGGUCACAUGGGUUGGGGAAUACUUGGAACUUGAGCACGGCCGAACGGGGGCGGACAAGAUUUUGGAUGAGAUUGACCGUCGAAUUGCUGCCACACCCUUGUUUCCGGGUCUCCGCAGAUUCAAACAGGGUCGACGUUUCAAACAGUGGACCGGUGAUGAUUCCAAGGCACUGAUGAAAGUCUACCUCCCCGCCAUCGUGGGUUUCGUUCCAGAUGAAAUGGUCAUGUGUCUGGGUGCCUUUCUCGACUUCUGCUACAUCGCUCGCCGUUCCGACUUUGAUGAAACGACACUCAAUGACCUUGAUGCCGCUCUGGCACGGUUCCAUCUUCACAGGGAGAUUUUUCGAACAACCGGCGUUCGUGAAGAAAGCGGGUUCAAUCUUCCUCGCCAACAUUCGCUUGUCCACUUCCGUCGCAACAUCGAAGAUUUUGGCGCGCUGAACGGCAUCUGUUCGUCUAUCACCGAGUCGCGGCACAUUACUGCUGUCAAGAAACCAUGGCGUCGGUCAAGUCGAUUCGAAGCCCUCGGUCAAAUGUUACUCACCAACCAAAGACUUGACAAGCUCGCUGCGACAAAGGCCGACUUCAUCAGUCGAAAGAUGUUGCCGCCAGAGUGUCCGCCCGCUCUACGUGAUAAGGAUGAGGGCGAGGAUGGGGAGCCAGUUGAUGUUGAGCGGGUACUGGGCAAUGUGGUUCUCGCCCGGACAAGAGAUCGGUCAUAUCCCCGCAAUCUACAAGACCUGGCAACUCACAUCGGAAUCCCUUCCCUACCUGAACUCACCCACUACUUCCUCGCUGACCAGCUCUCCCCGGAUGAAGAGGGAUACAUUGACGUUGAACCCACCAUCACAUCUCCCAUCUCCGUGUUUCAUUCCGCCGCCGCCACAUUCUAUGCACCCAGUGACCCAUCUGGAAUCCGUGGAAUGCGCCGGGAACGCAUCCGUUCGACGCCCUCCUGGAGAGGUACCGGAAAGCGUCGUGACUGCGCUUUUGUCGUCGAGGAUGAAUCAAAACCGGGAUUUCGAGGAAUGAGUGCUGUGCGCGUACUCCUCCUUUUCUCUUUCACAUACAACGACACUACCUACCCCUGUGCCCUCGUCGAAUGGUUCAAGAAGGUCGGCCGCUCUCCAGACAAGAUUACUGGCAUGUGGAAUGUUGUUCCAGAGUGCACGCGUAAUGGAGAACGGCUGACCACUGUGAUACAUUUGGACUCUGUCCUCCGCGCCGCACAUCUCAUCCCCGUCUUCGGCCGCCAAUACCUUCCUCCCCAUUUUUCACACACCUGGUCCCUCGACGUCUUCGAAGCCUUUUACGUGAACAAGUAUGCAGACCACCACGCAAAUGAGAUUUGUUUUUAG